UUGGCCAGGCGCAGACGCAAAAAUACAACCGCGCGCUCACCAGUAAAAGUUGCGACGCUCACUUGCAAACAAACUAAACAAAGAAAGAGUACUUAAAUUCGGCGUGAUAAGGAAAUUGCUCGCAAAGAUUUGCACUAGUUUUUCACAGCUCGGCUGCAGACAGAAUGAAGGCAGCGAGCAACUUGCAACAUCCGUGCCCAAAUGCCGGGGGCGCCGCGACCGUUCUUUUCGCCGGUUUGGUCAACGCCAUUCUCAACGCGCAAUGCCAAUUGGGCGACCCGGCCCAGUACCCCAAAGACGUCGCCAACGCUCUUCUGCUGCCGGAGUACGAUUUCGUCGUAAUCGGAGGAGGCAGUGCCGGUGCGGCGAUCGCCAGCCGGCUGAGCGAAAUGAAAAAUUGGAACGUGUUGCUUCUGGAGGCGGGCGACGACCCCGGAGUGGCCUCGGACAUUCCCGCCUUGGCCGUCAGCCUGCAACGCACCAGCGAGGAUUGGCAACUGCGGACGGAGCCCGACGGCAAAACGUGUCUGGCAAUGGAAGGCGGCCGGUGUAACUGGCCGCGGGGAAAAGCCCUGGGCGGAUCGUCCUCCAUCAACGCCAUGCUUUACGUUCGGGGCAACAAGGGCGACUUUGACGAGUGGGAAAAAAUGGGAAACGCCGGAUGGGGCUACGAGGAGGUUUUGAGGUACUUUAAAAAGUCCGAAGACGGAGAGAUCGAAGACGAAUUCCACUCAACAGGUGGUUUGCUCAGCGUUAAGAAAAACCCUGCAGAGGAGUUAGACGUGGUUCCUUUAUUUUUCAAGGCGGCCCAGGAAUUGGGCUACGAACAAGUUGAUCUGAACAGCGCCGCUCCAGUCGGAUACGGCCGGUUGCCUUCGACGCAGAAAAACAGCGAGCGAAUGAACACGGCCAAAGCCUUUUUGUCUCCGGCCAGGGACAGAGACAACCUUCACGUGUCUAAAAAGUCACACGUGACCAAACUGCGGUUGGAGGAGGGGAAAGUAGUGGGGGUGGAAUUUGAAAAAGACGGAAGUUCGCGUUUUGUGGCGGUUAAAAAAGAAGUGAUUUUGUCUGCCGGAACCAUAAAUUCGCCGCAGAUUUUGAUGCUCUCCGGAAUCGGCCCGAAGGACCAUCUGGAGGAAUUUGGCAUUCCUGUGCACGCCGAUCUGCCCGUGGGCGAAAAUCUGCAAGACCACUUUUUGUACGCGGGCACCUACUUGACCCUGCACGCCGUCAACACCAAAAUCGCCGACCAGCAGACAAAACUGAUGGAUGACGUUUAUGAGUACCUUUUCCACCGCAAGGGCGCUUUGGCCUCGCUGGGCACCGUGGACUUCACGGGCUUCGUCAACACCCCUAUGAACGAAGACAAAACCAGGCCAGACAUUCAAAUCCACCACAUGCUAGUGCCGGAGGGAAGCCAGAUUUUGGAUGCGUGGUUCUACGCCAUGGACUUCAAAAAGGACACUUGCCAGCACUUCAAAAAUAUCAACAAACAGGGCACUUCGCUCAUUCCCAUGUUGUCCCUUCUGAGGCCCAAGAGUGUGGGCGAAAUCAGACUCAGGUCGGCGAACGCCUCGGACAAACCGGUCAUUCACCCAAAUUAUCUGACUCGGGAGGAGGACGUGAAGGUCAUGAUUGAGGGCAUCAAGCACUUCAAAAGGUUCGCCGAGACGAAAACCAUGCAAGCCCUGGGAACGGAAUUCGUCGACGAUUACGAGCCCUGCAGCGGAAAACACGCAAACGACAGUGACGAGUACUACGAGUGCUGCAUGCGUCACACCGGCGCCACUAUGUACCACCCUGUGGGCACUUGCAAGAUGGGGCCUGACCCUGCCGACUCGGUCGUUGACCCCAGGCUGAAGGUGCACGGCGUCAAAGGGCUGCGCGUGGCCGACGCCUCAAUUAUGCCUAAAAUAGUUUCGGCAAACACGAACGCCGCUUCAAUCAUGAUAGGCGAAAGGGUUUCUGAUUUUAUUAAGGAGGAUUGGCUUGAACAGUAAUACAAAAAUAACUUUAUGUAAUAACUAAAAAAUUGGUAAAUGUAAUGAAUUAAAAAAUUACUUUUAAUU